AGAAACAACAAUGUCCAACUCUCUGUAUAUUAUAAAUAGAAGCUGUGCCAGUAUACUCCAGUAUCCGAUCCUAGCAAGUACAUCGAGUAGUUUCAAAAUUAGUAAGAAGAAUAGCAAUGAAAUCUUUGCGCUAUAAUCUAAUUGUUCUUCUUUUUCUAGGACUUGGUGGAUUAAUACCACUGUCUGAUACUAAUUUCCUGUGUGGAGCUGAUCCGACUGAUGGAUUCACUUACGUGCCACUAACCGAAGCUAAUUAUGUAAUCCAGAAACCAUACGACAUACCAGUUGAACAACGGUACAGUUAUGUAAACGGGACUCAUAAAUUUUGGGUUUAUGCUGAUGAUAAGGCGCAUGAUCCAGGCAGCCUCACUCAGCCACGCACAGAGCUUCGUGUAACUGGGCUUGACUAUUCAUCUGGAGUCUGGCAAUUCGAAGGCCAUGCUUUCGUCCCAAACGGAACCUCAGGUCAAACGAUAGUUCAAAUACAUGGUGCAGCUCAUGGUAAUACAACUAUAUUACUACGAAUUUUCGAGGGAAAUAUGAGGUAUUAUAGUAGUGAUAUAGUGGCUAAGAAUCUGUAUGAUAAAUGGUUUAGGCUGAAUCUGAUCCAUGAUGUUAAUAAAGGCAAGUUAAAGGUUUUCAUCGAUGGUAAAUUCAAGUUUCAUAUACACGAUCAAGGGCCUGGUGACUUGUAUUUCAAAUGUGGAGUUUAUGCUGCUCCGAGAAAUAUUAGUUAUUACAUGGAGUCGAGGUGGAGAGACAUCAAACUGUACAAAAUGUUGUAAAAGGGAGAAUCUUUCCAUGUAAAUCAUCGACUGUCGGAUGAUUU